AACCCGCUCCUCGUCGUCAACUUCAUCCUCAUGGUCGUCGGCUCGGCGUGCGGGCCGCUGCUCCUCCGCGCCUACUUCCUCCGCGGCGGCAGCCGCAAGUGGCUCUCCAGCCUGCUCCAGACCGCCGGCUGGCCGCUCCUGCUCGUGCCUCUCUGCUUCUCCUACUGCUCCCGCCGCCGGCGCGAGGAGGAGGACGGCGGCGCAGCCACGACGCCGCUGUUUCUCAUGACACCCCGCCUCCUGGCUGCGUCCGCAACCGUCGGGCUCAUGACCGGCCUCGACGACCUCCUCUACGCCUACGGCCUGGCCUAUCUCCCGGUGUCCACCUCCUCCAUCCUCAUCUCGACGCAGCUGGCCUUCACGGCCGCGUUCGCGCUGCUGCUCGUGCGCCAGCGGUUCACGGCGUUCUCAGUGAACGCCGUCGUGCUGCUCAGCGUCGGCGCCGCCAUGCUGGGGAUGAACACCGGGGGGGACCGGCCGGCGGGGGUGUCGCGCGCGCAGUACUACGCCGGGUUCGCCAUGACGCUCGGGGCCGCGGCGCUGUAUGGGCUCGUGCUCCCCGUCAUGGAGCUCAGCCAAGCGCGGCACGCCGCCGCGCGCGGCGCUGUCACGUACACGCUCGUCAUGGAGAUGCAGCUCGUCAUCGGCUUCGUCGCCACGGCCUUCAGCGCCGUCGGCAUGCUCGUCAACAACGAUUUCCACGCAAUCCCAGGAGAAGCCCAAGGAUUCGGUCUGGGCCAAGCGGGCUACUACCUGCUCCUCGCCGGGUCGGCCGCCAUGUACCAGUGCUUCUUCCUCGGCACGAUCGGCGCCAUCUUCUACGGCUCAGCGCUGCUCGCCGGCGUCAUCAUGACCGUGCUCAUCCCGGUCACCGAGGUGCUCGCCGUCAUGUUCUUCCACGAGCCAUUCAACGGCACCAAGGGCGUCGCGCUCGCGCUCUCCCUCUGGGGGUUCGUCUCCUACUUCUACGGCGAGGUCCGGGCCAAGGCGGCGCGGCCCCACUCCGGCGAGGCCCCCAAACCCGACCAUUUGGAUCCAUAGAAAUAUAGAAUAAAUAUAGAAUGAUCAACUUAGUACAAACCUGUAGUAUGUCUUCAUUUUUUUUCCCCUUGAGGAAAUAAUUAAGUAGGC